AUGGAUUUCAUUGAUGUGCCAGUCGUCAUCGUUGGAGGAGGAGUCUGCGGACUGAACUUGUCUAUAAUCCUCUCCGACCUGAAGAUAGAUCAUGUCCUUUUCGAACGGCAUUCUGGAACAUCGAUACUUCCGAAAGCUCACGUCAUCAACCAGCGAUCGCUCGAAAUCUUUCGCCAACACGGUUAUGUUGAUGAGAUCUUGGAGAAGAGCGCUCCGCCCGAUUUUAUGUGCCAGGUCGCUUGGCAGACCUCGCUCGGGGGCGAUGGACCGUUGGAUCGAAAGGUUCUCGGUACUCUCGAUGCAUUUGGCACUGACUUGAAGACAGAAAGAGGAGCAGCAUAUGCGAAGGAUUCCCCCCAUAUAUCGACCAAUCUUCCUUUGCUUCGGUCUGAACCAAUCUUCCGUGAAGUUGCCGAACGAAGGAACCCCGCGAAGGUCCUGUUCGGCCACACCGUCGUGGAUUUCGCAGACGAAGGACAACACGUUAUUGUCCAUGUUAAAAGAGCGGAUGGCGAGAAGUUUACCUACCGUGCAAGCUAUCUGGUCGGUGCAGAUGGAGGAAAGACUGUUGGCACAAAGAUUGGAGUAGAGAUGCUCGGGCCGAAGAAUUUAGCCCACGUCGUCUCGACUCAUUUCAAAGCCGACCUUUCCGAUCUAUGGGAUGAUCGAACAACUAUUGCACAUUUUGCAAACCCGGAAGGGGGAGCUCUCCUUGCCAGUGGGUCUAUGCUACCUCUAGGUCCCUCGUGGGGUCGCCAUUCAGAGGAAUGGCAGCUUCAUUUCGGCUUCAGUGUUAAUGACCCUGGUCGGUUUCAUGGCGAGGAUAUCCUGAUUCCGCGUAUCCGAGAGUUAUUAAAACUCCCCAAGCUUGAUCUGACAGUGCUGGGUGUCAGCCACUGGCUACUGGAAGAUGUCGUUGCAAGCAAAUACCAAGAGGGCCGCGUUUUCAUUGCCGGGGAUUCUGCACAUCGUCACCCACCCACCGCAGGACUAGGACUUAACACUGCUAUACAAGAUGUUCACAACCUUGCUUGGAAACUUGCCCUGGUGCUAAAUGGAAAGGCAGAUGCUGCCUUGCUUGAUACAUAUGACACAGAACGCAGGCUUAUUGGCAAGCGCAAUGCUGACUGGGCCCUUUUCACCUUCAAGAACAUCGCCGUCAUCAACGCAGCUAUUGGGCUUCUACCAGGCCAAACACAAGCUAACACCCAGCGCUUUACUGAAAUGUUUGAUCCUAGCUCUGAGAUUGGUCGGGCCUCACAUGCAAUGGUCCAGCAUGCAAUUGACGGCCAAACGAUUGAGCUUGGUGCUCAUAAUAUAGAGCUAGGCUUUUCUUAUCCAUCAGGGGCCCUCCUUACAGAUGGGACAAAUCCGCCACCCGAGGACCCAUUGCAGCAAAGAUAUAUCCCAACCACCCGCCCAGGCCACCGCUUGCCUCAUGCAUGGCUCUUCCGAGACGGAAAGUCGCUCUCUACCCUGGACUUGGUGGGCGCAACUGGAGAUUUCCUUCUCAUUACCGACGAAUCUGGUGAAGCGUGGGUGUCCGCAGUUAAGAGAGUUGUAGAAUCUAGCCGACGGGGAUUGCGCAUAGUCCAGAUCUCCCAACAUGGGGCCUCCUCUCCAAGAGAUGGCAAAUACCUUGACAAAGAGUCUCAAUGGGCUCAUGUGAGGGAUAUCCGCGAUGGAGGAGCUAUUUUGGUUCGCCCGGAUAACAUGAUCGCCUGGCGAUCAUUGUGCCCGCCACUCGAUGAUGGAAAUGAGCUUUCUUCAGCACUGGACAAGAUCCUGGGUUAG